GUUUCUUAUUUUUUAGCGUUUGUCGUCUGCAGUCCCACGAACAGAACAGAUCGAAAUCACUACCUACAAAAGUAUGGACGAGACAAUCAAGUCCAACAUCUUGUCCACCCAGACCCGACUCUCCCAAGUUCUUGAUCAAAUCUCGGAGUUGCCGUCGUUCAAGUCAAACACAUCAACGACCACGUCGAUAACGUCGUCGUCGUCGUCGGCAACAACAACAUCAUCAUUCUCGAGCUCAACAAGUGUCUCAACAACCUCAACAUCUUUAUCAUCUCAACAACGAGCCGCAUCACAAUACGUCGAUCGUGUCUUUUCCGACCACAUUUCUCUCCUCAAAGAAUAUAACCAAAUCAAAGACGUCGCAAUGGGCAUGUUGUCCAUUCUGGCCGAGAAGCAAGGGAGACGCCUGGCUGAAGUCAUGGACGACCACGGUCUGACCGAGGACGAUUGAUUGAUUGAUUGAUUGAUGAUGGAAGCACAGGACGACAUGAAACAACAAUAUGAUGAUGAUUAGUAAAGUUGACCUCCCUGAGACAAAUCUAUUUCAAAGGUCUAUGAUUACUAGGAUGAGUGGACCUCACAAGCAAGGCCAUCUCUUCGCAUGGAGUACAAUUGUACAAAUACCUCUCUGACCAUCUCCAAAGUGCGGUUUUGAUCAGUGGCCGUCUUUCCUACCACCUCUUUCUACCCCGGCUAUCCAAGAUACACUGAGUGCUCUAUCCAAAGGAGCAGAGAGUGUGUGAACCACUACAAGACUUUGCGCUCUAUUUCCAACUAGAAACGAUGUCUGCAUGCUGUGGUCUGUCGACGGUACGGUCCAAUCGGCUGUUAGAGCGUCGUCUAUUUGAUGGAGAGCUUCGACUAUUACCGCUGUUUCUCCAAGCUUUGAAGACUGACCAGCUCUCGGUAUCGACCCUUCAAUGCCAUGAGCUCGUGAUGUGUUCCUUGUUCUGCAAUAACACCUUUAUCAAACACAUAAAUGAUAUCGGCUUUUUGGAU